AUGGAGUCGACUCCUGGAUCCGGCGGACGCACCGCAUCCCCCACUGUCUUUGAGCAGCAGCGCAAAGAGCUCGCCCGCGAAAUUUCCAUGGGCAUGGAAGAAGUCCUACAGAACAUCAAUCGCCUGAAUCGGAAUCUGGAAAGCGUCAUCGCAGUGGGCAAUGAGUUUGGUUCGGUGGAAGCGCUGUGGUCACAAUUCGAGAACUUCAUGGGCCGGCCCGAAGGAGAAGGCGAAGACGCGGCCGGAAGGCAGAAAGUCAGCGAGGAGCAGGGAGGGCAGGGAGAGUCUGGUGGUACACAUGAAGGAGAGGAGCAAUAA